AUAAAGUUUCUUCAAGGGACUUCUUUUUACGUAUAUUCAUUAAUAUCAACGUCAUUACAAUUAAAGCUUACUUCAAUUUAUACACUUCAUUAAACGUAAUUGUAUUACUACUCGUCAUGUUUCGCUGUGGACGUCGCAUAACACAGUUAAUAAUACGAAAGUCUCGAAUUACUUCCGCGGGCUAUUUGAAGUUGAACUAUGCACGAAAACAAUUAUCAUCGAAUGAAUAUAAAGCAAUCCCACAGUUGAACGCUUUAUCCCUGAGAUUGUAUUCAGAGUCGAAAGUCGAGACUAAGGUGGCGGAUUAUGAUGAAGUAGUUAAAGCGAUAUCCAAUAAUAAUAUUCUACUGAUAGACGUUAGAGAACCUGAUGAAGUGAAAGAUCAUGGACAUAUACCAAAUAGUAUAAAUAUACCUUUAGGUACAAUAUCAACUGUACUUGGUGAAAUGUCAGAUAAAGAAUUUAAUAAAACCUACAAGAGACCAAAACCAAAUCAAAAUACUGAACUGAUAUUUUAUUGUAUGGCUGGGAGAAGAUCUGCUAAGGCUCAAGAAAGUGCUAUAAAUCUUGGAUUUAAAAAUACAAAGAAUUAUCAAGGCAGCUGGACUGAAUGGGCGAGUAAAGGAAAAUGAUUUAUUUUGAAAUGAAUAUUAAAUCUCAUAUUUGUUUUAAAAUGACAAGAUAACCCUUGUCAGCUAAUUUAUUAUUGUUAUCAAUGAAUAAAGUUGUUAUCCCAUGU